AUGGACGUGUACCGCACCCCCGCCGCCUCGCUGGACGCCCUGGUGGUCGGCAGCCUGCAGCUGCCAGCCGAGUUCGUGGGGACCACGCGGCGCGCCCUGGGCACCCUGGAAACUGCCCUGAGAGAGUGUGGAAGCCGCCCCGGACCCGGAGCUGCUGCCCCGCCGUGGCGGGUGCUGAAAACAGCCAAGGGAGGCUCCUUCGGCCGGGGCACAGCUCUGAGGGGUGGCUGUGAUUCCGAAAUUGUCGUCUUUCUCAACUGCUUCAAGAGCUACGAGGACCAGCGGGCUCGGCGAGCAGAGACCCUCACGGAGAUGCGGGCGCUGCUGGAGUCCUGGCGGCAGAGCCCGGUCCCUGGUCUGAGCCUGGAGUUUCUUCAGCAGGACACCCCCGGGGUCCUCCAGUUCCGACUGGCAUCCGCAGACCUUGAAAACUGGAUGGAUGUUAGCUUGGCGCCCGCCUUUGAUGCUCUAGGGCAGCUCAGCUCCGGCACCAAACCUGACCCCCAGAUCUACUCGACCCUUCUGGACAGCGGCUGCCAGGACGGUGAGCACGCGGCCUGCUUCGCAGAGCUGCGGAGGAACUUCACGAACACUCGGCCAACCAAGCUGAAGAACCUGAUCCUGCUGGUGAAGCACUGGUACCGCCAGGUGUGCCCACAGGAGAGAAGGAGGGAGAUGCCCCCCGACUAUGCCCUGGAGCUGCUGACCAUCUUCGCCUGGGAGAAGGGCUGCGGGAAGGAUGCCUUCAGCCUGGCCCAAGGCCUCCGGACCGUCCUGGGCCUGAUACAGCAGCAUCAGCACCUGCGAGUGUUUUGGACCACGAACUACGGCUUCGAGGACCCUGCAGUUAAGAAGUUCUUGCUUCGCCAGCUUGACAGACCUAGGCCUGUGAUCCUGGACCCGGCUGACCCGUCGUGGGACGUGGGGAACGGGGCUGCCUGGCACUGGGACCUGCUGGCCCGAGAGGCAGAGUCCUGCUAUGACAGCCCAUGUUUUCUGCAGGCAGCAGGGGGCGCUGUGCAGCCCUGGGAGGUGCCGGGCCUUCCGCUCACUGCUCCCCCCAUCCUGCGAGACCCUGCCCAGAAGACCCCCGAGGACAGCAGCAGUCUUGAUGCCGUGCAUCCCAGGGCGGGGAACGGGCAGCCCUCAUGCCCAGACCCCGACCCCUCAGUGGUGGCCGCCAUCGCCCCCUGCGCCCUGGAGGUGGUCUCGGAUCUGUCCCAGAUCCCCGCCAGGGAGCUGGAUCGUUUCAUCCAGGACCACCUCAAGCCGCAACCCCAGUUCCAGAAGCAGGUGAGCAAGGCCUUCGACGUCAUCCUGAGCUGCCUCCGUGAGAACGGCGCCCACAAGGCCUCCAGAGUCAGCAAGGGGGGCUCAUUCGGCCGCGGCACAGACCUGAGGGGUGGCUGUGAUGCCGAACUCAUUGUCUUCCUCAACUGCUUCAAGAACUACAAGGACCAGGGGCCCCUCUGCGCAGAGGUCCUCCGUGACCUGCGGGCACAGCUGGAGUCCUGUGGGCAGGAGCCGGUACCCGGCCUGACCCUGAAGUUUGCAGCGCAGACCACGACCAAGGCUUUGCGGUUUCAGCUAGUGUCCUCGGCCCUCAAAAGCUGGAUGGAUGUCAGCCUGCUGCCCGUCUUUGAUGCCGUGGGGCAGCUCAGCUCUGGCACCAAACCUGACCCCCAGAUCUACUCGACCCUUCUGGACAGCGGCUGCCAGGACGGUGAGCACGCGGCCUGCUUCGCAGAGCUGCGGAGGAACUUCGUGAACUCUCGCCCAGUCAAGCUGAAGAACCUGAUCCUGCUGGUGAAGCACUGGUACCGCCAGGUGUGCCCACAGGAGAGAAGGAGGGAGAUGCCUCCCGACUAUGCCCUGGAGCUGCUGACCAUCUUCGCCUGGGAGAAGGGCUGCGGGAAGGAUGCCUUCAGCCUGGCCCAAGGCCUCCGGACCGUCCUGGGCCUGAUACAGCAGCAUCAGCACCUGCGAGUGUUCUGGACCACCAACUACGGCUUCGAGGACCCUGCAGUUAAGAAGUUCUUGCUUCGCCAGCUGGACAGACCUAGGCCUGUGAUCCUGGACCCGGCUGACCCGACGUGGGACGUGGGGAACGGGGCAGCCUGGCACUGGGACCUGCUGGCCCGAGAGGCAGAGUCCUGCUAUGACAGCCCAUGUUUUCUGCAGGCAGCAGGGGGCGCUGUGCAGCCCUGGGAGGUGCCGGGCCUUCCGCUCGCUGCUCCCCCCAUCCUGCGAGACCCUGCCCAGAAGACCCCCGAGGACAGCAGCAGUCUUGAUGCCGUGCACCCCAGGGCGGGGAACGGGCAGCCCUCAUGCCCAGACCCCGACCCCUCAGUGGUGGCCGCCAUCGCCCCCUGCGCCCUGGAGGUGGUCUCGGAUCUGUCCCAGAUCCCCGCCAGGGAGCUGGAUCGUUUCAUCCAGGACCACCUCAAGCCGCAACCCCAGUUCCAGAAGCAGGUGAGCAAGGCCUUCGACGUCAUCCUGAGCUGCCUCCGUGAGAACGGCGCCCACAAGGCCUCCAGAGUCAGCAAGGGGGGCUCAUUCGGCCGCGGCACAGACCUGAGGGGUGGCUGUGAUGCCGAACUCAUUGUCUUCCUCAACUGCUUCAAGAACUACAAGGACCAGGGGCCCCUCUGCGCAGAGGUCCUCCGUGACCUGCGGGCACAGCUGGAGUCCUGUGGGCAGGAGCCGGUACCCGGCCUGACCCUGAAGUUUGCAGCGCAGACCACGACCAAGGCUUUGCGGUUUCAGCUAGUGUCCUCGGCCCUCAAAAGCUGGAUGGAUGUCAGCCUGCUGCCCGUCUUUGAUGCCGUGGGGCAGCUCAGCUCCGGCACCAAACCUGACCCCCAGAUCUACUCGACCCUUCUGGACAGCGGCUGCCAGGACGGUGAGCACGCGGCCUGCUUCGCAGAGCUGCGGAGGAACUUCGUGAACUCUCGCCCAGUCAAGCUGAAGAACCUGAUCCUGCUGGUGAAGCACUGGUACCGCCAGGUGUGCCCACAGGAGAGAAGGAGGGAGAUGCCCCCCGACUAUGCCCUGGAGCUGCUGACCAUCUUCGCCUGGGAGAAGGGCUGUGGGAAGGAUGCCUUCAGCCUGGCCCAAGGCCUCCGGACCGUCCUGAGCCUGAUACAGCAGCAUCAGCACCUGCGAGUGUUUUGGACCACCAACUACGGCUUCGAGGACCCUGCAGUUAAGAAGUUCUUGCUUCGCCAGCUUGACAGACCUAGGCCCGUGAUCCUGGACCCGGCUGACCCGACGUGGGACGUGGGGAACGGGGCAGCCUGGCACUGGGACCUGCUGGCCCGAGAGGCAGAGUCCUGCUAUGACAGCCCAUGUUUUCUGCAGGCAGCAGGGGGCGCUGUGCAGCCCUGGGAGGUGCCGGGCCUUCCGCUCACUGCUCCCCCCAUCCUGCGAGACCCUGCCCAGAAGACCCCCGAGGACAGCAGCAGUCUUGACGCCGUGCACCCCAGGGCGGGGAACGGGCAGCCCUCAUGCCCAGACCCCGACCCCUCAGUGGUGGCCGCCAUCGCCCCCUGUGCCCUGGAGGUGGUCUCGGAUCUGUCCCAGAUCCCCGCCAGGGAGCUGGAUCGUUUCAUCCAGGACCACCUCAAGCCGCAACCCCAGUUCCAGAAGCAGGUGAGCAAGGCCUUCGACGUCAUCCUGAGCUGCCUCCGUGAGAACGGCGCCCACAAGGCCUCCAGAGUCAGCAAGGGGGGCUCAUUCGGCCGCGGCACAGACCUGAGGGGUGGCUGUGAUGCCGAACUCAUUGUCUUCCUCAACUGCUUCAAGAACUACAAGGACCAGGGGCCCCUCUGCGCAGAGGUCCUCCGUGACCUGCGGGCACAGCUGGAGUCCUGUGGGCAGGAGCCGGUACCCGGCCUGACCCUGAAGUUUGCAGCGCAGACCACGACCAAGGCUUUGCGGUUUCAGCUAGUGUCCUCGGCCCUCAAAAGCUGGGUGGAUGUCAGCCUGCUGCCCGUCUUUGAUGCCGUGGGGCAGCUCAGCUCCGGCACCAAACCUGACCCCCAGAUCUACUCGACCCUUCUGGACAGCGGCUGCCAGGACGGUGAGCACGCGGCCUGCUUCGCAGAGCUGCGGAGGAACUUCGUGAACUCUCGCCCAGUCAAGCUGAAGAACCUGAUCCUGCUGGUGAAGCACUGGUACCGCCAGGCGUGCCCACAGGAGAGAAGGAGGGAGAUGCCCCCCGACUAUGCCCUGGAGCUGCUGACCAUCUUCGCCUGGGAGAAGGGCUGUGGGAAGGAUGCCUUCAGCCUGGCCCAAGGCCUCCGGACCGUCCUGAGCCUGAUACAGCAGCAUCAGCACCUGCGAGUGUUUUGGACCACCAACUACGGCUUCGAGGACCCUGCAGUUAAGAAGUUCUUGCUUCGCCAGCUUGACAGACCUAGGCCCGUGAUCCUGGACCCGGCUGACCCGACGUGGGACGUGGGGAACGGGGCAGCCUGGCACUGGGACCUGCUGGCCCGAGAGGCAGAGUCCUGCUAUGACAGCCCAUGUUUUCUGCAGGCAGCAGGGGGCGCUGUGCAGCCCUGGGAGGUGCCGGGCCUUCCGCUCACUGCUCCCCCCAUCCUGCGAGACCCUGCCCAGAAGACCCCCGAGGACAGCAGCAGUCUUGAUGCCGUGCACCCCAGGGCGGGGAACGGGCAGCCCUCAUGCCCAGACCCCGACCCCUCAGUGGUGGCCGCCAUCGCCCCCUGUGCCCUGGAGGUGGUCUCGGAUCUGUCCCAGAUCCCCGCCAGGGAGCUGGAUCGUUUCAUCCAGGACCACCUCAAGCCGCAACCCCAGUUCCAGAAGCAGGUGAGCAAGGCCUUCGACGUCAUCCUGAGCUGCCUCCGUGAGAACGGCGCCCACAAGGCUUCCAGAGCCAGCAAGGGGGGCUCAUUCGGCCGCGGCACAGACCUGAGGGGUGGCUGUGAUGCCGAACUCAUUGUCUUCCUCAACUGCUUCAAGAACUACAAGGACCAGGGGCCCCUCUGCGCAGAGGUCCUCCGUGACCUGCGGGCACAGCUGGAGUCCUGUGGGCAGGAGCCGGUACCCGGCCUGACCCUGAAGUUUGCAGCGCAGACCACGACCAAGGCUUUGCGGUUUCAGCUAGUGUCCUCGGCCCUCAAAAGCUGGGUGGAUGUCAGCCUGCUGCCCGUCUUUGAUGCCGUGGGGCAGCUCAGCUCCGGCACCAAACCUGACCCCCAGAUCUACUCGACCCUUCUGGACAGCGGCUGCCAGGACGGUGAGCACGCGGCCUGCUUCGCAGAGCUGCGGAGGAACUUCGUGAACACUCGCCCAGUCAAGCUGAAGAACCUGAUCCUGCUGGUGAAGCACUGGUACCGCCAGGUGGCCGCCCAGAACGAAGGAGGACGGCCCGCCUGUGCCUCUCUGCCCCCGGCCUUUGCGCUGGAGCUCCUGACCAUCUUCGCCUGGGAGCAGGGAUGCGGGAAGGACCGUUUCAGCAUGGCCGAAGGCCUGAGGACCGUCCUGAGGCUUGUCCAGCAGCACCAGCAGCUCAGUGUCUUCUGGACAGUCAACUAUAGUUUUGAGGACCCAGCUCUCAGAACGCACCUUCUUGGCCAGCUUCGGAAACCCAGGCCCUUGAUCCUGGACCCUGCCGACCCCACCUGGAACGUGGGCCAGGGCAGCUGGGAGCUGUUGGCCCGGGAAGCGGCAGCCCUGGAGACGCAGGCCUGCAUUACGAGUAGCGAAGGGACGCCCGUGCCACCCUGGGAUGUGAUGCCCACUCUCCUUCGCCAAACCCCAGCCAGCGACCUUGACAAGUUCAUCAGUGCAUUGCUCCAGCCCAACCAACAGUUCCUGGAUCAGGUGGCCAAGGCUGUUGAUACCAUCUGCUCCUUCCUGAGGGAGAACUGCUUCCGGAAUUCUCCCACCAAAGUGCUCAAGGUGGUCAAGGGUGGCUCUUCUGCAAAAGGGACAGCUUUGCAAGGCCGCUCGGACGCCGACCUGGUGGUGUUCCUCACCUGCUUCAGCCAGUUCACCGAGCAGGGGAGCAAUCGCGCUGAGAUCAUCUCGGAGAUCCGAGCCCAGCUGGAGGCGUGUAAGCAGGAGCUGCAGUUUGACGUGAAGUUCGAGAUCUCCAAGUGGGAGAAUCCCCGUGUGCUGAGCUUCUCGCUGACCUCCCCGACGAUGCUGGACCAGAGCGUGGACUUCGACGUGCUGCCGGCCUUUGACGCCUUGGGCCAGCUGGGCUCUGGCUCCAAGCCCCCCGCUCACGUCUACGUGGACCUCAUCCGCAGCUACAACAACGCAGGCGAGUACGCCUGCUGCUUCACAGAGCUGCAGAGGGACUUCAUCGUCUCCCGCCCCACCAAGCUCAAGAGUCUCAUCCGACUGGUGAAGCACUGGUACCAGCAGUGCAACAAGAUGCCCAAAGGGAAGGGCUCGCUGCCCCCCCAGCACGGGCUGGAACUCCUCACAGUGUACGCCUGGGAGCAGGGUGGGCAGGACCCCCAGUUCAACAUGGCCCAGGGCUUUCGCACCGUCCUGGAGCUGGUCACCCAGUACCGCCAGCUCUGCGUCUACUGGACCGUCAACUACAGCUGGGAGGACGAGAGCAUCAAAGACUUCCUGAAGCUGCAGCUUCAGAAACCCAGGCCCAUCAUCCUGGAUCCGGCUGACCCGACAGGCAACCUGGGCCACAAUGCCCGCUGGGACCUGCUGGCCAGGGAAGCUGCAGCCUACAUAUCUGCCCUGUGCUGCAUGGACAAAGAUGGUACCCCCGUCCAGCCAUGGCCAGUGAAGGCUGCUGUGUGAAGCCCAGAGAAUCCGUGGUUAUACUGGAUGGACAGAUAGACACCAGCCCUCUGUGUGGGGAGACUCAGGAUCACCUGCCAGAUGUGUGUGUGUGUGAGAGAGAGAGAGAGAGACCACCUUGCUCUCCUCCCAGCAGCCCGCUCUGCUUGCCUAGCCCCACUGAGUCCCCCCUGUAUCCACUGGGCACCGCACAUCUCAAACACUCUCCCUUGGCCUACACACUGGAGUCCAGCCUUCAUGGGUGGGCCCCAGCCCGGGUUUCCAGCUUCUCCAUCACUCUCUGGUGACUCUAGUCUCAGAUGCAUCCCGCCCCUGCGGAGAAGGUCCUCCUGCUCCCUGACUUCUCUCCGCUCAUCCUUCCUCCUGCUGCCACUCGUCUCUGACCUCCCAGUGGCUGCUCCUUUUCCCCCAGUCCAAGAACUUUUCACAGGGAUGGUGGUCUUCAUCUCAUUUUUCAGCCACACUCAGUUGGUCGCGGCUGUCUGGAGCCCUGUGUUUUAAAAGAGUCUGAAGAAUGGAUACCUAGCUGGGAAGAGUGGCCUAAUCAAUUAGUGAUGUCUGCCAUAGAUGCAGUAGAGGCCAGUAGUGGCUCGAGUGCCAUGAUUGAUUAGCAAUGUCUGGCCCGCGUAGAGGAAGAAGUGCUGAGACCUGCGGGACAUGCAUGUCUGGGCUACCGAGCAGCUCUGAGCUCAGCAGCGGGAAGCACGGCAUGCCCUGAUCGGCUACUUUUGUCUGCCACGGACAGACGGAGGGGCGGGGGCCUGCCUGUCAUGCAGUCCCUCUCCUUGGACACUUCCACGGAAGCCUUUUCCCUGGAGGCCUCCUAUUGUUCCCUUCCCACGUCACUCGUCCCCCAGUUUGCACAUCUGAAUGCCACGCCCUUCUUGCCUUCCUGGACCGUGACUGCGUUCCUGUCUUCCUCCUGCCCUAUUGCAACACACAGUGGGGCCCUCCAUCCCCAGCGCCCAAACGGGAGCAAUGCCCAGCAACGCUGCCCGGCCUGUUUCUCUCUGCCCUCCAGGGCGAACCCACCAGGUGCAUGCGGGAGGCAUUCCUGACCCCCAGCCCAGUGACAGCGCCCCCCUUAGACAAGAACCAGCAGGGAAGGGCGCUCCAGGAGAAAGGGGUUCCGUCCGGCGGGCCC